CCGACUGGGAAGCACAAGGAGACCCCGCUGUACAUCCUGUGCACGGCUGGCAUGAGGCUGCUGCCCGAGAGGCAGCAAGCUGCAAUCCUGGAAGACUUGGUGACAAAUGUGCCUCUGGAAUUUGACUUCCUCUUCUCCAAAUCACAUGCAGAAGUGAUCUCAGGGAAGCAAGAAGGUGUCUAUGCUUGGAUUGGCAUCAACUUUGUCCUGGGGAGGUUUGAGCACAAGGAUGAGGAGGACGCAGUGGUCACGGUGGCUCAGGGGGACCAAGCAGAGUCCUUGGUGCGGAAACGAACGGUUGGGAUCCUGGACAUGGGGGGAGCCUCCCUGCAGAUCGCCUACGAGGUGCCCAGCUCUGGCACCUUCUCCUCCCCGCAGCAAGAAGAGGCUGCCAAGAGCCUGCUGGCAGAGUUCAACCUGGGCUGUGACGUGCAGCACGCUGGCCACAUAUACCGUGUCUAUGUCAACACCUUCCUAGGCUUCGGGGGCAAUUUUGCUCGGCAGCGCUACGAGGAGCUUGUCCUGAACCAGACCUAUGCACACAACAGCCUGCAUGGCCAGCGGACAGGGCUGAGUGCCGAGACACCCUUCCUGGACCCCUGCCUCCCCGUGGGGCUGGAGGACACGGUGUGCUUCAAAUCGGCCUGGAUGUACCAGGUCCUUCACCAGGGCUUCCGCUUCCCCCUGGACUACCCCAGCCUGCGCACAGCCCAGCUCGUGUACGACCGUGAGGUGCAGUGGACGCUCGGAGCCAUCCUCUACAAAACACGUUUUCUGCCGCUUAGGGAUCUCCGGCCAGAGAGCAUCCGCCAAGCACACGCCUCCUGGCUGCGCCUCUCUUUUGUCUACAACCACUAUCUUUUCUUUGCCUGCAUCGUGGUCGUAGUGCUGGCCAUAGUGCUCUACCUCCUGCGCUUGCGCCGCAUCCACCGGCGGCAGCUGCGCUCGGCCCAGCUCGACCUGCUCUGGCUGGACAAGGUGGUGCUGCUGCCGCCGGGCACAGGCCCAGGGCCCUGA